UCCUCUUUGUAUCCUUGCAGUAAUACAUAUAAAUUAAUUGACUUUAUUAUUGGGUAGAAAUUUUAGAGCAAGAACUCGAAGAGCCUGGCUUUUCGCUUUACGUAAUUCUCAAAGCCGUUGGUAAGAAGAAUAAAUAAUCUUCCUCAUCACAAGACUUAGCUGUGUUGAUAGCAUUGCUGCUGCGAUUGCGCCGUCCUAUUCCUAGCGUCAGGGAAGGGCAGGCUUCAUUCGACCCUACAUAUACCGUUAUCACACGAUAUGCACUUUGAUCAUAACAUUUUGUGCUAGUACAACGAGGAGACCAACAAUAAUGUGCUAGAAAAGAAGCUUUCAGGAUUGGACAUUAGACGGGACCUCAGCAGCCUAGCAAAUUACUUUGAAAAAAGGUGUAAUUCGUGAUAUGAAUCCAAAAACACUUGAUGGUUCAAGAUGGAUUUAUAUGGUGCGUGUCAUGCGGACUUGGCUGUGCUGGUUUUUGUUACCCAAAGGUCCGGCAGCUAGGCUUGCCGCUUCUAUGAUAAUCGCUGCCCACACUGACCCAUGCAUUCAGAGUGGAUGUUGCUCUGAAUUUCCGAAACUUUAUGUAUAUGUUACGUUUGCUCAACAAGAAGAGGGUGAAGGUGUUAUACCAGAUCUAACAUUUUCUUUGAGGUGUAUCGUCAGCCUUGUUGCUCUUUUGUUGUCACGAUGAAAAUGGUCUUCCUGUCAAUUUAU